AUGUCUCACUUGGACUCGGAGAAGGGCACGGGACCGCCGCUACCUUCGAAGGCUCGCCCGGAUGCCGCUCGCGUCCAACACCUCUCCGACAAGUCGCGCCAGACUGUGCAGAAGCUCAGCGUGCUCGUACCGGACGAGUACCGCGAGUUCUUCGACACGUGUUGGGGUAUGCCCUGCGGCAGGGUACUGGACGGCCGAGGCUUCUGCUGUACCGACGUCGAUGUCGGACUUGAGCAUCCCUUCAUCGUUCGCCAAGAUUACGAGGAAGGCUACCAGUACCUUUCAGAAGCGGCGCAGGCAAAGAAGAAGAAGGCGUUCGUGUGGUACGGUCAACCGGGAAUAGAGCCUCGGUCUGCGCUAUUGCCUCGUCCGAGCAGCCGAAGACUGUCGCCCCGCCGUUUUUUGGCCCGGCCCGCCGCACUCCGUUCUGGUCUUCACCAACGAGGGCCUUUUCGCCAUCCCGCUCGAUCUCUGGCGCAGGUUCGACUUCCUCGUCUGGCCUAUUGUCCUCUUGGAUUCACCACGGAACGGAGACAUUUCGCCUCUGCUCUACGAGAAGAAUGCCUGGCCCGCCUGCCUCGCCUCCUCACCGAGUUCGAUAACCUCCUUAUCCUCACCUCCGACCUCUCCCUUCCCGGCUGCAGCCCCUUGGCUGUACGCCUCUCGUCGAUCAAGGUCGAGUAUAGCUCAGCCAACGGGAUCGCGGAACGGAUCGUCAUCACUCCGGCGUCGUCGGUUUAUGCAGGCGGGACGGACGUCGCAGCUCCUGCUCGGCGCAUGUAUGACGACGUGGUGCUUGACGACGUUAAGGACGAAGAUGAAGACCGCCUGCUUGCAACGCUACUCGAGGAGAUGAACUUGCCCGGGAAGAAGCCGUCGCUCGAGGUCGUCAAGUCCGCCGUCGCGUCCCUCGCCCACCUCCCGGAGGCGACACAGCAGUACUGGCUAAAAUGGUCGAUGAAAAACCGCUACUACACGCCGAUCGAAGUCUUCCGCUUCGCCGGGCCCAGCGUCCGCGACCCGAUGAAUGGCAUCACUCGACUUACGGGCGACCCACGAGUCGACUAUUUCGGCAACGAGUUCGUCAAGGCGCCCGUCAACGCGCUGGUCGACCUCUACCGUCUCGUCUCGCCGAAGAUGAACGCCGAUCCGAACGCGCCAAAGAGGAUUGAGCUGCGUUCCGAGGACCAGGAACAUGGCUUCCACUCGUUCUUCUUUGAGGCGCCCGCCACGAAGGACUUCACGCAGAAGAAGCCAUCGCCGUACUACUUCAUCCCGACGGCCCUUAUUCGCGACCUCGUCGUCCAAAGCUUGGCCUUGCAGGAGGAAGACGUCCAGCGUACCCUUCUCUCGACGUUGCGCUGUGAGCCGACCAUCCUUGGCUUGCUGUAUGAACCUUCGGUCAUCAACUACAUCGCCAACACCGGCAUCCGUCUCACCCUGCUCGACCAGUCUACCUUCGACAUUCCCCCCGGCCUUCCUCUACUCCACGUCUCCACCAACCUUGCCGUUCCUCUUGAUCGCGCCUAUGUCGCCAAGCUGCCCCCAAAUCACGCAACAUACGAUUCGAUAAUCGUCCUUCCCGAAUUCUCGGCCGUCGUCCUCGUGCAGGUCACGGUCUCGAAGGGCCACGACGUAGUUGCACAGGGAUUUGACGUGCUCGAGGAGGCGACGGAAGGCAGGAUCCGCUCGGACAAGAUGACGAGGAUCUUGGCUUUCGUUGGGCCGGAGCCAGACGCCGCCCACGCUCUUGCGAUGUCGUGGGAGGAAAAGAAGUACGGCGUACGGAAGAAGGGCAAGCGAGUUGCACCGGUCGCAUUGGACGACUGGGAACUCGCCUCGGCUGGCGUGACGGUCGAACAAUUGGCUGGCAAGUUUGGAGAAGUUCUGGUCGAGACAAGCCCGCAACUUCCGCAGACUGGCUUCGAGAGCUGA